ACCCAUGAGAAAUGAACCAACACUCCAUAGCCUGAAGAUAAUAAAAAAGGCACUUAUCAGUACACCUCCGCCGGCCUAUUCGCAUCGUCGCCGCCGAGCCACCGCCGGAUUACCGAAAUGGCUCUUCGCCUCCCGCUUUCAGCAUUUGAAGCCCCACCUUGCGCUCUUAACGGUAUCGCUUUCAGAUCUCUCUCCCCUCUCUUCGGAUCUUCCAUCCUCAAUUUCUCGCCGCCGCAAAUCAUCCGCCGCCGAAAACUAUCAUUCGUUCUUGCGGCCAUCGGAAAGGAUGCUGCUGACUUGAGCGUCUCCAGCGUUGAGUGGGAUGUGGUGAAUAAGGAGGAGAAGACAGAUCUUACAGCGUCGGGCGAGUUGGAGGAGGACGCCAGCCCUGAGGACUUGGAGUACGUUGCAAAAAUAAAGAGGGUGUUGGAGCUUCUGAAGAAGAAUAGGGAUAUGCUCUUCGGUGAGGUUAAAUUGACAAUGAUGAUUGAGGACCCUAGAAACAUAGAACGGAAGAGAUUGCUUGGAAUUGAGGACCCUGAUGAGGUUACUAGGGACGACAUUGCCUCUGCUUUAGAAGAUGUCCAUGAAGGAAGGAUUCCAAAGAAUCGUGUUGCAUUAAGAUUACUUGCCGAGGAGAUGAUUAAUUGGCCUGAUCUUGAGGUUGAAGCUCCAAAGGAGAAGCGUGUUAAAUCUCUAUAUGCUAAGGCGACAGACACUGGAGUUGAUCCUCGUGAAGCUGCUAAGAGACUCAAUAUUGACUGGGACUCUGCUGCUGACAUCGAAGCUGAGGAAGAAGAUGAGGACAUAGACGUUCCUCCUGCUGUGGGUUAUGGUACGUUGUAUUUAGUGACGGCUUUGCCUCUCUUAAUUGGUGUUUCUGUCAUACUGGUUCUGUUCUAUAACUCUCUCCAAUAGGAAGUAGGCCCUCAUUUUAGCUAAGAGAAAACUGUCAAAUGGUCGCUUGACACUUUGUAGGGGGCUAUUUUAGUCCCAAAGUCUAUAAAAGUGCCAAUUUAGUCCCUGCAUUCUCUUAAUAUGGGCUAAAAUAGUCCCAUAUUAAAAGAGUCCAGAGACUAAAUUGGCAUCUUUAUAAACUUUGGAACUAACAUGACUUCAUGUAAAUAGUCAAGGGGCUAUUUUGGCACUUUACUCUUUCUACUAACGUGUGAAUUUUACUUGUAAAUGGUUUGUGUAUAGAUCAGUUUCUAUACAUUUAGAUAGGCCUUUUGCCUCUUUUUUCUCAUAUUUUUAACUACAGUUGACUCAAAAAUUAACCAUGCUCUUAUUAAUUGAGUGACAAGUUUCUUUG